UAAUGGAGUUGUGGGAUAAUUUUCAAGAUAUUGAAGAUGAGUUGGUGAAGUGCAAACUUUGCACAAUAAAUUUUUUAAUUGAGGCAACCGAAACACAAAUGAUAAAAGCUUUACUUUCCCACUUAUCGUACGCGCAUAAAAUAUCUGAUACUGAUAUAAAUCCCGUCGUACCGUACCACCUACGUAAAUAUUACACGAGCUCAAAUGGUCAGGCAAAAUGCAGAGCGGAAGAAUGUGGAUAUACUACAAAAAUUAAUACAAAAGAAUCAGAAGAUCAUUCAAACUUGGUUAAUCAUAAAAAACAUGAACAUCCCGGUUGGACAAUCAAUUGUCGACCAAACAGAGAAAAACCGCCAUUAAAACUUCACACAGACAUCAGCAGGUGUUUCAAAAAACAAAGGAAAAAUUUAAUAUGCUUUGCACAGUGCUUAGUAAAGACAUGUGAACGAUACAUUUGGUUAAACAAAAACGAAAGUAAUCAAGUAAGUUACAGAAGACACUUGAUUUUUGUACAUAAUCUUCAAGAUACAGAUCACAGGUUACCUGACAAAUAUCUGAAAGAUUUCGACAACUUACCAGAAUUUAAAGCAAAAUGUCGUACAUGUGGAAGUGUGAUAAGUUAUUUGAGGGAUUGCGGACAUUUAAACGAGCAUUUAAAUAAAUCUGUAAGAUGUCAAAAUAAGGAUCAACAUAAAUUUUUUAACACAGUGUGAAGUUUUAGUAUGAUGAAGUUCAGA